GAGGGGAACGGGCAAAUGCCGGAAACGGGAUUGAGGGGGUUGAGGAUGUUCCUGAGCUGCGCCUCGUCUGUUCCCACUCGGGACUACAUUGCCCAUCAGCCCCCGCGGCCUUUCCCGUCCCUGCGGACUCGGUUUCCCAGCAGCCCCCGCGGCGCGUGGGGGGCCAAGAUGGCGGUGGGGAGCGGCCCCGCGGCCCGGGAGCUCUUCGCUGAAGGGCUGCUGCAAUUCCUGCGCCCCGCCGUGAGACAGCUCGACCGUCACGUCCACAGCGUCAGGGAGAGCCAGGUGGAGCUGCGGGAGCACAUCGACAGCCUGGCCACAGAGCUUUGCCGCAUCAACGAGGACCAGAAGGUGGCCCUUGACCUCGACCCCUACGUGAAAAAGCUGCUCAACGCCCGGCGCCGGGUGGUGCUGGUCAACAACAUCCUGCAGAACGCCCAGGAGCGGCUACGGAGGUUGAACCACAGCGUGGCCAAGGAGACCGUGCGGAGGAGGGCAAUGCUGGAGGCUGGGGGCUACCAGGGCAAGUGAGAGCCAGGGGAGCAGGUAUCCCCGGGAUCACAGCCUUGGGAAUUCGGGGGGUGUCCCUCCUCACCUGCCACACGGGGAGCAGGGACCCCCCCCGAGUCGUGUGCCCGGAUUUGGGGGUGCUGGAAUAAAAGUGACGCUGGAGUCCG